AUGGCCGAGAACAGGCUCUACGUCAUCAUCGUGCUCUUGAUGCUGGCCGGUCUCAUCGCCGGCAUCGUGGCAGCGGUCUUUGCGUACAUGGUGCUCGACACGUCACUCAGCUGGCCGACGGAGAAGUUCGAGUACAAGGACCUGGCCAUCAUCAGCGACGCCCAGGGAUGCGCCAAUGUUGCUCACCGAAUAUUCACAAAAGACGGCACUAUUGUCGACGCUGCCAUUGCCGCGCUGCUGUGCAUGGGCGUCACCGCUCCGCAUCUGUCGGGAGUCGGCGGUGGAUUCAUGGCCGUCUUGUACAACAAGACGGCCGGCAAAGUCAUUGCCGUGGACGCCCUCGGUGUCGUACCUGCCGGCAUGCAGAUUAACGAAUUCCAGAAAAACUGGACGCUCACACGAUUAGAUCUGGAUGAAAUUGCUGCAGGUUUAAAAGCGGCCAUCAUUCCCGGUGCAGUGGCGGGCUACAAGCUACUUCACGAUCGAUUCGGCAAACUGUCUUGGGCCGACCUGUUCACAGAUGCAGUCGCCUUGGCCGACAAGGGCUUUGUCGUCGGGCCCCGAUUUGCUGAAGCCCUGAAGAGGAACAAAAAGGCUCUGUCUUACGACCCGAAUGGGCGGCUGCACUCCACAGCGUGCGAACUGUUCACGUACCGAGCAGCCAAGCAGAUGAACCUCUAUCGGCAGAAGCGCGUGAUUACAUACUUCCUCAAUUUUGUCCCAGUUUUUCCAGGCAGCAACAACCACAUAACGAUGGACGACCUCCUGCGUUAUAGGCCGCGUUUCAUAGACGCGCUAAGUGCCGAGCUGGGAGAUAACAAGGUCCUCCACACGGUUCCUUUCCCAGGCAGCGGAGCCAUUGUGGGAGCCAUACUGGAGAGAUAUAAAAUACCGUGA